AUGGAGGACGGUCGCAUCAUCGGCGUCAGCUUGGACGGCCAAAGCGUAACCCUGGAGCCUGGCGGCCAAUUUGAGCUCAGCGGUGCGCCUGUGGAUACCAUCCAUAAGACGUGUGCCGAGGUUAACAGCCACCUUUACCAGGUGAAGGCCAUCUGUGAGGAGCUCCAUUGCGGGUUCCUGGGGGUGGGGUUCGACCCCAAGUGGGCCAUUCAGGACAUACCCGUCAUGCCCAAGGCAAGCAGGAGAGGGGGACGUUACUCGCUCAUGAAGUCGUACAUGCCCACAGUGGGGUCUAUGGGGCUUGACAUGAUGUUCCGUACAUGUACGGUCCAGGUGAAUUUGGAUUUCGAGAGCGAGCGGGAUAUGGUGGAGAAGUUCCGAAUUGGGUUGGCGUUACAACCCGUGGCGAAUGCGUUGUUUGCCAACUCGCCUUUCAAGGAGGGUCGGCCCACGGGCUUCGUGAGCACACGUGGCCAUGUGUGGACUGACGUCGAUGCGUCUCGAACCGGAAACCUGCCGUUUGUUUUCCGGGACGACAUGAGCUUUGAAAGGUACGUUGACUACGCUAUGGACGUACCGAUGUACUUUGUGUACCGCAACGGGCAGUACAUUAACGCGCUGGGUAUGAGCUGGCGGGACUUCAUGGCGGGGAAGCUGCCCGCACUGCCCGGGGAGUACCCGACUAUUGCGGAUUGGGCCAACCACCUGACCACCAUAUUCCCCGAGGUCCGGCUGAAGAAGUAUCUGGAGAUGCGGGGGGCGGACGGCGGGCCCUGGCGCAUGUUGUGUGCCCUGCCCGCCCUCUGGGUGGGGCUGUUGUACGACGAGGAAGCCCAGCGGCAGGCUCUGGCGCUCGUUUCCGAUUGGACGGAUUCGGAGCGGGACUAUCUCCGUACGGAGGUGACUCGGUACGGAUUGAGAACUCGCUUCCGCGGCGGCUCUGUGCAGGACCUGGCAAAGCAGGUGGUCUCUAUCGCCCGGGGGGGUCUGCAGCGGCGGGGCCACGACGAGGUCAACUUCUUGAAACGGCUCGAGGUGGUUGCGGAAACGGGACUAACGCAGGCCGACCACUUAUUGGAGUUGUACGAGACCAGGUGGCAGAGGUCCGUGGACCCCCUUUACACAGAGCUCAUGUACUAA